AUUCGCCUUGGCUCUGGUUUGCAAAUUGCAAUUUUUUGAUCUAGAUAUUUAUGUGAAUUGGUUGUAUAAAAUCAAAUAUUCGGUAACAAACAUAAUUUUUCACUGGUAAUGUCAUCUGAAUUAAGAUCGAAAGUAAUUGGACUAUACAAGCAUCUGCAGUUCUUGGGCAAGGAAUACCCUGGCCCAAAUGGACCACAGAAAUUCCGCCAACAAAUACGAGAUGCUUUUCUAAAGCACAAGGAUGAGUCUGAUCCGAAAAAGAUUAUGGCUUUAGUAGCACAUGGACGUUAUGUGGCUAAAGAAGUGGAGGCACUCUAUUCUCUAAAGAAAUACAGAGUUAUGAAGCAACGUUACUCUGAGUAAUCGAAUCAAUGUGGGAGAGAUCGAGCAAACUAAUACGAUAACUAAGUCUGAAAAUGCGUUUUUGUUGAUGUUAAUAUGCGUGUUACUGAAAUAAAUAGAAUGGUGAAAUGCAUAAAUAGCAAAUCUAAUUA